UAAUAAGACACACAAGAUGGCUCCAAUGGCGACUCAGGUCGUCUCUGCAAGCAAGGAUGUGUCGAGAUACCACGCCUCGUCGACGGAGGCAGCCAUCGCGGAGGAGGCACAGUACGCUGCGCACAACUACCACCCGCUGCCCGUCGUCUUUGCGCGGGCCUCUGGCACGUCAGUGUGGGAUCCCGAGGGGAAGCACUAUCUCGACUUCCUCUCUGCCUACUCCGCCGUCAACCAGGGGCACUGCCACCCCGAGCUCGUCAAGACCAUGGUAGAGCAGGCCUCCACCCUCACCCUCAGCUCCAGGGCCUUCUACAACGACGUCUUCCCCAAGUUCGCAAAGUUCGUCACCGAGUACUUUGGCUACGACAUGGUCCUGCCCAUGAACACUGGUGCUGAGGCCGUCGAGACCGGUAUCAAGAUCGCCCGUAAAUGGGGGUACAAGGUCAAGGGCAUCCCUCCAAACGAGGCCAUCGUCCUCAGCGUGGAGAACAACUUCCACGGCCGUACCUUUGCCGCCAUAUCCAUGUCCACAGACCCCGAGUCGAGGGAGAACUAUGGUCCAUACCUGCCCAACAUCGGCAGUACCAUCCCCGGAACCGACAAACCUAUCAGAUACAACGACAAGCAGUCUCUCCGCCAGGCCUUCGAGGCUGCCGGCCCCAAGAUUGCUGCUUUCCUCCUCGAGCCUAUCCAGGGUGAGGCCGGAAUCAUGGUCCCUGACGAAGACUACCUACGCGAGGCCAAGGCUCUCUGUGAGAAGCACAACGCUCUCCUGAUCUGUGAUGAGGUCCAGACCGGCAUUGCCCGUACCGGAAAGCUUCUCUGCCAGGAGUGGAGUGGUGUCAAGGCUGAUCUCGUGCUCCUUGGCAAGGCCAUCUCUGGCGGUAUGUACCCCGUCUCUUGUGUCCUCGGACGCAAGGAUGUAAUGCUCACCGUCGAGCCUGGCACCCACGGCUCUACCUACGGCGGUAACCCACUCGGAUGCGCCAUCGCCAUCCGUGCUUUGGAGAUCAUCCGUGACGAGAACAUGGUCGAGCGUGCCGAGACUCUCGGUCAACAGUUCCGUGCUGGCCUUAAGGCCAUAAACGAUCCCAUGAUCCAGACCGUUCGUGGCAGAGGCCUGUUGAACGCCCUCGUCGUCGACGAGUCCAAGACCAACGGACACACCGCUUGGGAUCUCUGCAUGUUGAUGAAGUCCAAGGGCCUCCUCGCCAAACCAACUCAUCAGAACAUCAUCCGGUUCGCGCCACCACUCGUCAUUACCGAGGAGCAAAUCAAGGAGUCCCUCAAGAUCAUCGGAGAAGCCAUCAAGGAGCUCCCAAACUCACCCAAGUAA